UAUGGAAUGGUCUCCGUUAGCCCCCCGCUAACCAAUGACCUCACCCACCACACCUCCGACGUUGUACUAUCCCACUUGCAUCGCGUACCCAACCGAUCCACGAAAGUUCUCGCCGUCAACUACACGAGAGGCCGAUCCUCAUACUCGUCAGGGCUCGCGCUCUGCUUCAUCAACACAAUGUCUGAACCAUCGGAAUCUCCGGCACAGGAACGAGCUCGCCUUCGUAGAGAGAAAAGGGCUGCAGGCGGUGCCUCUCGUUUGCAAGCAAUCUCAAAAUUGCAGGGUGGAACUCAUCGCGAUGUCGAGGAUGACGUUGUCAAACCCAUUUCAUUCAAUGCUUCACAGCAGUCGGGUACCGCAACUCCCGAUCCUGAGGAGAUCGAUAUCUCCCAGCACCACUAUACCCCAGCCUCGCAGCCGCGGAGGCCAUCUCCUUUCUCCUUCGACUCCGACUCCGCUCCCUCGUUUGGUCCAGGACAACCGCCCGGUAUGGACCAGGACAUGAUGGCUAUGAUGCAACAAAUUAUGGGGGCCAGCGGCGGCGGAAUGCCUGGAGCUCCUGGACAGCAACCUGGUGCCCCCGGAGACAUACCUCCGGGUCUUGGUAAUCUCCUCUCUGCCAUGCAGGGUGGCGACGCACAACAACCAUCACCAGAGAAGUCGUCGGCAUGGGUAUGGCGCCUCGUACAUGCUCUAUUCUCAUUCGCGCUGGCGUCAUACAUCGUCCUCAAAACCCCGUUUACUGGCUCCAAAGUCGCUCGCUCAGUUCAGGAAAAGGAUGACUGGGCAGAGCUAGACUCGACAAAUACUUUUGGUCACUUCUUCUACCUUUUCGCUACGUUUGAGGUCAUUCUGCAGUCUUCUCGUUUCUUCGUCGAGAAGGGACAAUUGCAAGGCAGCGGGCUCUUGAGCACCGUGGGACAGCUGCUUCCGCAACCAUAUGCAGGAUACGUUAGGGUUAUAGGCCGUUAUAGUGUAAUUUACAACACUGUGGUGGCGGAUGCGAUGGUCGUCGUUUUCGUGCUAGGUGCAACGAGUUGGUGGAAUGGAAUCGCCGCUGUGUGA